AAGUCGCAAGACUCCUUUUCUCGCUCUUAAAAAGCAAGCUAAGAUAUAUUAAUACUCAGACAAGACAGAAAUCUGAGUACAGAGCCGGAGCCUCUUAUCGAUCUCUGACCGUCCAGAUCCCACUGUCGCCGGCGAUCGCCAUGUUCUCCGCCGUUCGAUCUCUCCCUCUCUUCACUUUUGCUUAUCUUUUUCUUCUUCUUCUUCUCUCGCCGGUAUUCGCUUCCGAGUCAGAUCACAAGUAUAAAAAAGAGGAUGCAGUUACACUUUGGGUAAAUAAAGUUGGUCCUUACAACAACCCGCAAGAAACAUACAACUAUUAUAGCCUUCCUUUUUGUCAUCCGGCUGGAAGUUCUGCUACUCACAAAUGGGGUGGUCUUGGUGAGGUCUUGGGAGGAAAUGAACUCAUUGAGAGCGGGAUUGAGAUAAAGUUCCAACAAAAUGUGGAGAAGACUGUCAUUUGUACACUUCAACUCAAUGAAGCAAAGGUUAAACAUUUCAAGGAUGCAAUUGAGAAUAGCUAUUGGUUUGAAUUCUUUAUGGACGAUCUACCAUUAUGGGGCUUUGUUGGUGAGUUGCAUCCGGAUAAGAACAGUGAUAAUGGCAAGCAUGUGCUGUACACACACAAGAAUAUUAAUGUUCAGUAUAAUAAUGAUCAGAUAAUACAUGUGAACCUUUCUCAAGAGAGUCCAAAGCCUUUGGAAGUUGGCCGAACAUUGGACCUGACGUAUUCUGUCAAAUGGACUCCAACCAAUGUCACCUUUGCACGUCGGUUUGAUGUUUAUUUGGACUACCCGUUUUUUGAGCAUCAGAUCCAUUGGUUCUCAAUAUUCAAUUCAUUCAUGAUGGUUAUAUUCCUCACUGGAUUGGUUUCAAUGAUAUUAAUGAGAACUUUGAGGAAUGACUACGCGAAAUAUGCACGAGAAGACGAUGAUCUUGAAACUUUGGAAAGAGAUGUAAGCGAAGAGUCUGGCUGGAAACUUGUUCAUGGGGAUGUUUUCCGGCCUCCCAGGAACUUAGUGAUUCUUUCCGCUGUCGUAGGAACAGGUGCCCAGUUAGCAUUGCUUGUUCUCCUUGUCAUCUUGUUGGCAAUUGUGGGAAUGCUAUAUGUUGGGAGAGGAGCAAUUGUUACAACGUUCAUAGUAUGCUAUGCUCUUACGUCAUUCAUUUCUGGUUAUGUAAGUGGUGGGAUGUAUUCGCGACAUGGUGGUAAAAGCUGGAUAAAGUCGAUGAUUCUGACAGCAUCCCUAUUUCCAUUUAUGUGCUUUGGGAUUGGAUUUAUCUUGAACACAAUUGCCAUUUUCUAUGGGUCUUUAGCAGCUAUCCCAUUUGGCACAAUGGUGGUUGUCUUCGUCAUUUGGGCUUUCAUCUCUUUUCCUUUGGCACUUCUUGGUACAGUUGUUGGAAGAAAUUGGAGUGGUGCCCCUAACAAUCCUUGUAGAGUUAAGACCAUUCCUCGACCUAUUCCUGAGAAGAAGUGGUACUUGACACCAUCCGUAGUCUCAUUGAUGGGAGGACUUCUACCCUUUGGCAGCAUAUUUAUUGAGAUGUACUUUGUCUUCACAUCAUUCUGGAAUUACAAGGUGUACUAUGUUUAUGGUUUUAUGCUGCUUGUUUUUCUAAUUCUCGUUAUUGUCACUGUUUGUGUGACAAUUGUGGGUACAUAUUUCUUGCUGAACGCUGAGAACUAUCACUGGCAAUGGACUUCUUUCUUUUCGGCUGCUUCAACAGCCGUGUAUGUGUACUUGUAUUCAAUCUAUUACUACUACGUAAAGACGAAGAUGUCUGGUUUCUUCCAGACCAGCUUCUAUUUUGGAUACACUAUGAUGUUUUGUCUUGGACUGGGAAUCCUCUGCGGGGCUGUUGGUUAUCUCGGCUCGAAUUUGUUUGUGAGGAGGAUCUACAGGAACAUCAAGUGUGAUUAAGAUUUCUCGAAGAGGAACAACCUGAUAGAGCUUCCUGAAUUGCAUUGUUGAUAAAAUGCAGUUGGAGAGGACAAUUAUUGGUCAUAUAUGAAGAAGCCACAAUAUAUUCAGGUUGAAAUGAUGGUGUUAUUAGGAUGAGGAUGUAUUCUUCUUUCUCUGGUUUUGGGGAAGCCUUGAGAUUUUCCUCUUUUUUUGUUUUUUUUUUAACUUCAGUUCUUUUUCCCCGGCUGUAAGUGAAAGCCUUAAUUUAGAAUGAUGAGAUUAUCCUAUACUCUUAAGAAAAUUAGCAAAUUAGACUGUCAUCUUAUUACUUUUAUCUUUGGACCUUUUUACAUAUAGGCUCUCCAUGUAAGCACACUGCUAUUGUGUCUCUCUACUCCAUACUCUUGUUUUGCUAUAUAUGCUCAUCUUAGGAAUGUAUGAACUUAAAAAGGGGGGAGAAUGACUUAUCCAAAUGAAUUUUGUGCUUCUUUGUCAA